CGGUCGGUCUCUCUACGGAGAACAGCAACAAAGCUCGUGGGAGAACACACAUACAGCCCCCCAAAACGAAGUGACAAUUAUUUUGAGUGUACCGUUAGCCGCCUUAUAAGAAAAAAGCGCGCGCUUGUGAAUUGUUUUUUUUUUUGAAAGUCUUAUCUUUAAAAUUUUUUUUUUUAAGUUGAAAACCGCAAAAAAAAAAACGACAAAAACAAAAUGUAUGAAUGAAUAUUUUUUUUGUGCUGAAAACUUGCUGCGUAUGCGAUAUUAAUAUAUUUAAGCAACAAAAACAACAACUAAAAAUCCCAAUCAAAGGCGAUAAAGAAAACAAAAGAAAGAAACAAUAAUAAUACUACAAAAACAACAACAACAUCGGCCAGAUACCGCGAAAAGUCGUAAAGAAAAGAACCCCCACUUAGUUACCACCAUCAGGGGCAGCAGCAAGCGCGGCGCCAUCAUGCUGCCGCAGCAGUACUGCCUCCGGUGGAAGUACCACCACAGCAAUCUACAGACCAUGUUCUCGCAGCUCCUGGAUCGCGGCUGUUUCUGCGACGUGACCCUGGCCUGUGAGGGUCAACUGAUACGCGCCCAUCGCGUCGUCCUUUGCGCCUGCAGCACCUUCUUCGACACGGUCCUCUCCAACUAUGCCAGCGAACGGGAUCCGAUCAUCAUCAUGAAGGAUGUGACCUUUGCCGAGGUCAAGUGUCUCAUCGAGUUCAUGUACAAGGGAGAGAUCAAUGUGGAGCAUGCCAGUCUCCCUUCACUUUUAAAAACCGCCGAUGACCUCAAGAUCAAAGGUCUGGCCGAGGUCACUUGGCGCGACGACGAGGACGGCCCCCCACCGCCCAUGGCCGCCGCCGAAUUCCACUCACCGCCGCGCAGCCUGGCCGAGAGCUAUGCCCAGGACCUAAUCCUCCAGCAGCAGCAACAGCAGGCUGCGCCACCAGGGCAGCUCCACAGUUCCACCUUGUUGGACAGAGAAAGGGAGAGAGAGCGCGAAAGAGACAGAGAACGUGAGAGGGAGAGAGAGCGAGAACGUGAACGUUUAUCGCCCGGCAUGGACAGUGUCCUGGGGAGGAUGCCGGUGAUGACGCCAGGACAUCCGGCAGCAGCAGGACCCUCGGGUGGAGUCACGGGAUCCCUGGAGGGCAGUGCUCCUGUGGAGCAUUAUUUGGGACCAAAACGCAAGCGUGGACGUCCGCCGCUAGACGAUGCCUACGAUGUGUUCAAUGUACGCAAGCUGGCCCAGUAUGCUGCCAACCUGGAGCCCGCCCAGCGUGCCUAUUUGGAGACAGCUCGCCAUUUCGUUGAGGAGCCACCGCUGGUCACCGCCCACGCUGCCGCCGCCGCUGUCGCUGCUGCCGCCACUUCGCUGGCCUCCCCGCCCGCCGCCUGCCCGCCCAAACAGCGCCAACGGCUGCGCCACCAACAGCAACAACAACAGCAGCAACAGCAACAACAGCUCCUCCAAACGGAAACUUCCAGCGAGCAGGAAGCGGGUGGUGUCACCCACGAAUGGUCAGCCGGAGAGACACGUCGUAGUCCCACACCCAAAGUACCCAACGAUGAGAAGCCGGAAAUCGAUUUGUCCGGCGGUGGCGGCGAUGAUGCGGAUACGGAGGUAAGGCCAUUGGGCAGGAAGCUGGAGAAGAUGAGCGAACGGCGAGAGCGGCACGGAAAGCUGCGUCACGCCAGGCGGUUGUACGGCGGGGAGCGAGAGAAGCCGGCGGAGGAGCCGGUCCCGGAGAGGGAACGUGAAAGAGACAGGGAGGAGCGGGAGAGCGGGAAGGAGACGGACGAGGCAAAUCUGCCACAGCCCGUGGAGGAGAUAGAGAACGAGCACUUGGUGGCCAAUCGGGCAGAGUCCCCGCGUUCCGGCAGCCUCAUCCCGGCCAGCUUUGCCUGCAAAUACGAGGCGGGCGGAACAGCCGGAGGCAGUGCAGCCGCCGCCGUCGGAUCGGGUACCCCAGCCUCCUAUCUCAUCAACGAACACGGCCUGCUGAUGGCCCACGAGUUUGGCCCAAAUGUGGCAAGUGCUGCGGCUGCCACCGCUGCUGUGGCAGUUGCCGCCGCGGCUGCUGUGGUGGCAAGUGCCGCCAGUGGUAAUGGUAAUCCUAGUGGCGGCCAGGAGGCUGGUGGUAGUGGCCUGAGCGACUAUCCAGACAUCAAGCUGGAGGACUAUGAUGCCGCCGAACUGCGUCUCACCAACGAGGAGCUAACCCAGUGGCAGGAUGUCAUCAAAAUGGAUGACUAUCUGGCGAAGGGCAGGCGUCCGCAGUUCUGGGAGGAGCCGUUCACUAAGAGGGUCCUCGAUGCCAUUAAAAACAAAAGACUCGAAAUGAAAAAGGCAGCUCGCAUUUUGGGCGUCUCCUAUGGAACCCUGUACGGACGCUACCGAGAGGUCUAUGGCUGCCUCAAGCAUCCCUAUAGUGGCACUGCCUUUAGGAAUUCUGGAUCUACAACUGCCGGACAAUUGGCAGGAGUCCAGCCCCGCUUCGAUUUGGGUUUCCGCAAUGGAGGCGUUCUGCCAGCACAACUUGGUAAGUAACUCCCCCGGAUAGAGUUCUGACUUUUGGCAUAUUUUCACUGAAAGUGUUAAGUCACGAAUCCGUAUUUGCAGAGCUGGGCAAGCUGAAGAAGGAUCUGAGCGAGCUGUGGACCCGGCCGCAGAUAUGAGGACCAGCCACCGUCGACAUUGCCACAAAUUCAAAAAAAUCGCCGAAAAAUCUCAAACGACGCCACAGGCUAAGUUAAAGAUUUACAAAAAAAAAGCAACAAAAAACAAAAAAGCUACUAAAAAUUAUGAAAUACAUAAACCCAAAGGAUCUGGAUAAAGAAAAAGACAGCUUAAGCCCGGAUUUUGAGAACGAGGCUAUCGUAAAAAAACUUUCCUGAAGAAAUUCCCACUUUGAUUUGUUGUUUUCUUCGUGUUACAACUACAAACUGAUCUUCUAUAUAUUAGAAUCUUAAACUAACAUUAAAAAACAAGAAAAAAAAACAAAAAAUUAUAUAAAUAUAUAUAUAAAAUAAUACAUACGUCUAUAUAUUGUAAACAUAACGCACGCGUGGAUUAGUUAAUUGAAACUAUAUAAUUAUAAAGAAACAAAAACUAAUCGUUUUCGGAGAGGUAUUAAUUGGCAUUCAAUGUGAAUGAAAUACGAAAAGAAUUCUUUUUUGUAGUGCAAAUUCAACAUUUAAAAAACAAAACAAAAAAAAACUAUGAAAUCUAGUUAAUCGAUAAUAUUAAAAACAAGUAAAUAAAGUGAAUUUUUUGAUAAGCUAAUGGAAACGAACACAAACAAUAUGUAUUACAUACAAAAAAUAUGUUUAAAACUGAAAUAAAAUGAUAUCUAUUAAAGAAA